AUGCUACGCAAGUCUACUGGCAAUAUAAAUCCCUGCGUAAGUCACCGUCCCUGAUCCACAAUGCAGUCUGUGGGGCAUACGGUGGACAGCAUCGAAAUCGAUGGUCGAACUGUCAUGCGUGAGUGACUGAGUGAGUGGGGGGAGGUAGGGGUGUCCAGCGGUGGGUUCACGUGAUGCUCGUAGUGGUCGCUCACUUGCUUGCAGGUGCAGGCUAAACCUAGCGUCCAUUUGCUGGCAUCCGACUCCCACCUGUGGCUUCCCGAAGCUGAUCUCUGUCCAGCGGCCACACCCCGGUAACCGCCUUGAUCGGCGGGCUAAACCACGCGAGGGAGGGUACUCCAUGUGCACGCUGAGCCCGUGCACAUGGUAGCGGGGACCACGUUGGGCGGUUGGUCGGUUGGAACUUCGCAAGGUGAACAUCCCCGCACUCACCGAGACGCGGAUCUCCGAACAAGGCCAACUGGAGGAGGUGGGUGUCGGCUACACCUUCUUCUGGAUCAGUCGCCCUAGGGCAGACAGACGAGACGCAAGUGUCGCCUUCGCCAUUCGGAAGGACAUCGUGGGACGACUGCCUUGUCUGCUUCAGGACAUCAACGAUAGUCUGAUGAGUCUUCGCCUGCCUCUUCGAGGAGGCAAAUUCGCGACAAUCAUCAGUGUCUACGCUCCGCCGAUGACCAGCCCCGACGCCGCAAGAGGCAAAUUCUACGAGAAUCUGCGCGCCCUCUUGGCGGCUGUGUCGAAGGCAGACAAGCUGAUUGUCUUUGUUGACUUGAACACUCGCGUCGGCACAGACCAUGCAGCCUGGAGAGGACUGCUCGGUCCCCAUGGUCUCCGCGGCUCCAACGACAAUGUUCUGCUUCUUCUCCGCACCUGCGCAGAACACCGACUUGUUCUGACGAACACCUUCUUCUGUAUGCUGGAGCGAGAGAAGCCACCUGCAUGCACCAUCGGCCGCGUCAGUGGUACGUGCUGGACUAUGUCCUCGUCUGGAGGCGAGACGAGCGCGACGUGCUGGUGACAAAGACGAUCCCGGGUGCUGAGGGGUGGAUCGACCAUCGCCUCGUCAUCUUGAAGAUGCGUAUUCGCCUACAGUCUCGCAGAAGACCACAAGGUAAGCGACCCCCAGGUAAGCUGAAUAUUGACUUGUUGUCUUUGCCCGCUCACCAUCUCCAUUUCAGCAACGAGCUAGUUUAACGACUAGACAAUCUUCCUAUCGCUGCUGCUGCCGCCGCCGCUGCUGUCGAGAACGCCUCCGUGGAGAACCGAUGGUAUCAACUGCGCGACACGGUCUAGUCGACGGCGCCGGCCCUCCUCGGUUGCGCACGCCGCUAACACCGGAACUGGUUUGACGACAACGACGCCGCCAUCAGCAACCUGCUCGCCCAGAAGAACCGCCUAAAAAAGCCUACGUCGAUCGCCCCACGGACGACAACGGAGCUGCUUUCUACCGUUGUCAUCUCCUCGUUCAACAGCGACUGCUCGAGGUGAAGGACGCCUGGACGGCUCGCAGGGCCGAGGAGAUCCAAGGGUACGCGAAAUGCAACAAAUGGAAGAACUUAUUCUCCGCGAUCAAAGCGGCUUGCGACCCGCCGACCAAAGGCACUACUCCUCUCAUCAACGCCGACGACAGUACCCUCUUCACUCAGAAGGCACAAAUUCUACAGCGAUGGGCUGAGCAUUUCCGAGACGUCCUCAACCUCUAUUCCACUAUCUACGACGCUGCCAUCGUUUGUUUGCCGCAAGUGGAGAGCAACGUGGAUCUCGAAUCCCGUCCUCCCUCCAGGAAACCAUUAAGGCCCUGCGGCAGCUCUCCAACGGGAAAGCACCCGGAUCUGACGCGAUCCUCGCUGAGAUCUACAGGCGCGGUGGCGUCAAGGAGAAGUCCCACAGAGUUUUAAAGACGUCACAAUCAUGCAUCUAUACGAGCGGAAAGGAAACCGCCAGAUCUGCGACAAUCACCUAG